AUAAACGAUGAUAUCAUCGAGGUAAUCCACAAGUAGUGACUCCCGUUUCUAGCCGGGCUGAUCUCAAAGUGCUGUUGACAAAGUCAACCUGCAAGUAAAGGAAGUUCCGAUGGAAAGGAGAGGUGAUGUAAACGGAGAAGUUGCGCUGGAUUUUCCAGGAGAUGGAAGUUACAACCACAGACCUCCACAUUCACCGACUCUCGGUCAUGCACAGUGGAGCCAAUUUUCUUACGAGAACCAAACUACACAGCCACAAAACGACUCAGGCGUGAAUGCAAAAGUAAAGAGAAAGCGAACCCCAUUGGAAUGGUUCAAGAAAUAUUUCUUGGAAGGUCAAGCACUGACCGACACUCAAACCCAGGCUCUUCAGAAGCUCGACCCGAACGCACCAUGGCACGAGAGACUAAUUGUCCAGCACCGUCGACUGGUGGGCGUGGCCAUUCCCUUUAUCUUCUUUCAAGUUAUUUGGUGGAGUAGCGCCAUCAAUUACGACUUCUGGAGCCUGUUCCCUGACCGAUAUUUCAUCUCCAUAACGAUGAUAUUUGGCUCAAUGAUUGCAGGAAUGACAAGUGAAGGUGGAGGCGCGGUCGCUUUUCCCGUCAUGACCCUCGCUUUUAACAUUGCUCCAGCAGUGGCGCGUGACUUCUCACUGAUGAUCCAGUCCUGCGGUAUGACAGCGGCGGCUUUCACCAUCUUUUGGAUGCGCGUGCAGCUUGAAUGGCACUCCAUCAUAUUCUGUUCGCUUGGUGGAAUCGUCGGCAUGGCACUUGGUUUGGAGUUCAUUGACCCUAACCUCACCCCACCUCAGAAGAAAAUUGGUUUUGUUUGCGUGUGGUUCUCGUUCGCUUUUGCCUUGUUCCUUUUGAAUCUCUACCACAAGCGAAAAACAUACAAAGUCAUCCCAGAUUUCACGCUAUGGAAGAUGAUUGUUCUGACUUUAACUGGAUUCAUCGGCGGAAUUUUCUCUGCCAUUGCCGGAAGUGGCGUGGACAUCUGCAGCUUCAGUAUGCUGACACUUCUGUUCCGAGUAAGUGAAAAGACGGCAACACCAACUUCCGUUGUGCUAAUGGCGGGAAAUACCGUGGUGGGUUUCUACUGGCGCCAAGUUAUCCAACAAGCUGUGAGUGCCGACGCGUACUAUUACCUGGCAGUCUGUGUCCCAAUUGUUGUGUUAGGAGCUCCCCUUGGCUCUGUGUUGGGCAGCCAUUUCCAUCGACAGGUCCUUGCUGGUUUGAUAUAUGUCUUGGACACCGUGGCCCUGGUCAGUGCGUACGCGAUCGUCCCACUCACUAAGGCUUUGAUCGGAGUUUCCGUGGGUAUCAUAGCUUUUGGAUUCGUGUUUUUCGGUGCCAUCACUUACGCUGGACAGAAGAUUAUGGAAAGUAUUGAAGAAGAGAAGGAACAACUUCCACAAACUCAUGUCAACGGAGAUGUGAAAGAGAAAGAAAGCGGAGUUGUUAACCACAGGAAAGAAGGAAAAAUUGAAGAUAUUGACUUAGGAAAGAUGAAUCCUGGGUUUUCUUCCCGCACAGAUGUCUCAAACCAGCUGUAAGGGUGCGUUAUUACAAAUUAUUUCUUUGACUCUCAGAACUGAUCAAAAUACAUAUAUUCUCCUGGCUAGUAUUCAGUACAAUGUUAUGCAGGAAGGUAGCGAGAACAAAGGAAAUUGUCAAAUGGAGGAUGUGGUCUUCAUAAAACAUUCAAUUCUUAGAAUAUGUCUAACGGGAAAUAUCUUCUAUACGUUAGGAUAAUAACAUCUGACAUUUUGGUAAUGGAAGGGAUAUAUAACUAUGGCUUCAAAGAAACUACUGUACAGGGACAAAACACCUGCAUGUAGUCAAAAAACUGUGAAGCAACUCCCUCAACCUCCUAUUUAACCAAGUGAGCUCCACAUGGAAAUCCAUUCGCUUAAAGUAAAGAAAUGAUAGUGAUACAGACCUUAUUGGCUUUUACAGCGAUCGGAACCAUAUAAGUAUAAAUCCAUCAGUUAUUAACCUUCCCCAUGACCCGAAUUCUUUAGAAUAAUGCUGCAUUGAUUACCAUUGGGAAUUCAAAUUUACCUAAUUUCGUUCACUCAUCCAUUCGUCCAUUCAUUCACUUAUUCAUUUCUGCAUUCAGUUAUUUUGUCAUUCAUUCUUUGACUUUCUUUAAGAUAAUUUAAUUCCAUGAGAACAAAUUGCGCCUAUGGCAGAAAAUAUGUGUAUUUUCGCAUGUUAUUGUUGUUAUUGUUGUUGUUGUUGUUGUUGUUGUUGUUUUUUGUUCUUUACCACCAUUUCAAAACGUGACUCCAAUGUCAUUUUGGCGCGUCACACAAUUUUGCAUAAUAAUGUAUGCGUGACAAGCGCAAACAACGGCAAACAAACAGAUCUGGCAAACAGUCAUUUUCAAACAAUCCUAUUGUAUUUACUCAUCGUACAACAAAACCUAUGUACGAAGGGCUCCGACGAAGGGCUAACGCUUGAAAUGUCAGCUUUUGUAAUCGUUACGGUGGCCAAUUUACCAUUUCAA